AUGGCUUUUGUGGAGCAGUUCUCUGUGCACGUGGGCUCCGGGGCUGGGCUGGAGGACCCUUUGCCCCAUGGUUGCGCUGGCGAGUCCCCCGCCCGCCCUGCGGUGAGGGCCGCGCGCCCCGCCUGCUGCCCCCGCGUCCCCGGGGCCGCCCAUAAGGACCGCGGCCCUGUCAGUGCUGAGCGGGGAGCUGCCACCUGCCCGGAGCGGCCUUCCACCGCGCUGCCCAAGCCCCUCACUCGCGAGCCGGCUGGUGGCAACAGAGCUGAAAGGCCGGCCCAGAAGGCCCUCUGGGGCUGGGCCAGCCCGGAACGAGCGUUUCUUUUGGGAGGAAUCCUCUACUCCUGGCAGUUUGCUCACUUCAACGCGCUGAGCUGGGGCCUCCGCGAGGACUACGCCCGGGGCGGCUACUGCAUGAUGUCGGUCACCCGCCCGGACCUGUGCCGGCGCGUCGCCCUGCGCCACUGCCUGGCCUUGAUCGCGAUGUCCGCCGCGGCCCCCGCCCUGGACGUCACCACGUGGACCUUCCCCGUCAUCGCGCUGCCCGUCAACCUGUACCUGUCCUACCUCAGCGUUCGCUUCUACAGGGACGCGGGCCGGAAGAGCUCCCGGAGGCUGUUCCUCUGCAGCCUCUGGCACCUGCCGCUGCUGCUGCUGAUGAUGCUCAGCUGCAAGCGGCCGGCGGCGCGGCGCGGCGCGGGCGGCCCGCAGAGCUGACGCCGGGGGGCGCGCAGAGCUGACGCCGGGCGGCCCGCAGAGCUGACGCCGGGGGGCGCGCAGAGCUGACGCCGAGCGGCGCGCGAGAGCGUCCGGGGGGGCGCGCACGUUUUCUCUUUCCCCUUGGCUGUUAGCCAAGGGUGUUUUGGUAAUUCCAAAGCCCCAGGAGAGAAGUCGCUGCGUUGAGAACAAGCUUGUAAACGAAGUUGGUGCUCGGCGGUCACUCGACCACGCUUCCCACGGUGAUACCCACAGUGCUCCCCCAGUGAGAACUGGGUUGGCUCCGCAGGUUUACGUAAGGAGAGCGUUUCUCUUUGAGGGUCUUUACAGAGCUCUUCCUCGAACCCCACCCACUUCGUCCUCUCCCUCAGGUAGAAGUGCAAGCGCACCUUCCUUUCUCAGCCCCUCCGCGCACGCUCCCCAGCUGCCGACCGGGCUGGCCGCACGAGGGGCACACACUCGCACUCUGGUAUCCGCGGUUCCGUGGCCUCUGGUCCCUCGCCGGCUGUCGGAAGAAAUGCAGGCUGCCAGUCGCAGCCCCCGCUUCCUGGGAACGAGCCAGGGCCGCGGGUCCAGCGUCCUCUGUCCCGCCCGCAUCCUCAGCCUCAUCUUGCCUCCGACGAUAACGGAGCCCCACGGACUCGCUGCUGCCCAGCCUCUGCGGGAGGAGCUCCAGACGGUCGUCUGGGGAAUCUCAGACUGGACCACCCGGCCACGUGUCAGCGUUUCAGAAACUCCAAGGAAUCAAAGGCAUCUUUAAAGUUCACUUUAAAAUAUCGGCGGUGUCGGAGCGUUUCUCUGCGGAAGGGUCAUGCUAGGCUUCAGACUAGAAAUCCCUCGGGCUCCGAUCCACCUCGUCCUCUUUAGCCUCUGCUGCGGCCGUCCGCUCGGCUCCAGGCCGAGUGAGCAGGGAAAUCAGAGAGGGGCCAGCCGGCCCACAUAGCUCACAUUCUUGUCCCUUUAGUGAGGAACCCAUUUCCAUCCUGCCGUCUUCUAAAUUCAGAAAUUAGCCUCCGCACGGCCGGUGGCUUGGAGAGCCGGAGGCAGGAGCUGCACUCCGGAUGGGGAUGCUUCACGGUCCCGGGGGGGCGCGUGGGUCCCCGCAGACAGGGCUGGCCUCCGUCACCAGCAGUCUCUCAGCCCUCACAUCCACCUGCUUGUCCACUGCCUGUCCUUUUUGCCCGAAGGUCUUGAAGCUUAACAGGAUACUUUAGUUACUCGGUGCCCCGGAAGGAAUCCACUUGGGAAUUUAUGCAGCACUUAAACAGUGCCUGCAAUACGCCUGUUCUCUCAAACGUUCCAGAGCGAUUGCAGGUAGCAUCUGAUUUCUGUCUCCGCUUACCUGAAACAUCACCUCUUGGCUGCGUCCAGGUCGCACUGUGGGAGCUGACACGAGUGUGUCUGGGGGGGACACCCACAGCCCUCAGAUUUGUAAAGCGAGUCGGUUCUCUUCCUGCCGCAAUAAACCGGCACCUCAAAC